GAAGAGGGCUGCUCUUGUGCAUAAAGGUGUCCCCCCCAAUAUUUGCAAAUCCAAAAAUAUUCCCCAGCUUAAUCUUUCUUUUUUUCUGUUGGCACCAUUUCAAAAAAUUGUGUCGAUUUUGUUCGGACGACAAUUUCCCCAACAAGUCAAGUCAAGUCGUGUCGCGUCAGAUUGGGUCGAAUCUCGUGUGACGGAUUGCACCUGGACCGAAAAAUGGCACCGAUGGCGUGGCACGUGACGGCAGUGGUGACCAUGGCCAUGGUCGCAGCUGCAACUGUGACCAAAGCUUCUCCACAAUUUCACACACCUUUGUCAGUCAACACGCGUCAAAUCAUCAACUCGCUAGUCCGUGAUCUGCGUGAAACGGAAAAAUCCUUAACCCCACUGAAAACCAGCAAAACUUCCCUAGAACGCAACUUUACCCAAUAUCGCACCAAAAAAGACCAACAUCACGGACGCCAAGCUGUUUUCAACCUACACCGAAACGGCCAAAACCUCCUCCAAAAAGCACUCCAACUCCAAACCAACGCAUCCCAGCUAGAGAAUCGCAUCGAGCGCCAGUUUGAACCCCGUCUAAGGCAACUUCAGGCUCUGCCCCGUAACUCCCAGGACUCGACCGUGGACAAUCAGAUUGCGCAAAGUGUCAACAUCUACCGGCGUAUCUGUGAACUGCUGCUGAACCUGAUCGAAGUGCCGGCCUACAUCAUUGCGCAGUUGAGUGGAGCGGACAGUGAUGAGUUUGGCGAUUCGGAGCAGGAUGAAGGUUUAGGAGUUGGUGGAGAUGUUGCAGGGGAUUACGGUGACGUUGGCGUCAAUGGAACAGAAUAAAACAAAAAUGACUUCAAGAUGUAAUCAAAUCAUUCAAAUAUAUAGAAAUGACAUCAAUUGGCAGAUAAUUUUGAAAUAUUUCAAUCAAAUUCAUCACUUCAGCUUGCGACAAAAGCGAAUCGUUAUAACUUUCCGGGAAACUCGAUCGAAUUGUUAUUAACAGCCCCUCUCCUUUCAUCAUCCCACAUGAUGCAUUGAAAAGACUGUCACCGAGAAUCAUUUUUCUUCGUCGAACCAUUCCUCGAAAAGCGCUCGAACCCAUGCUGUGUGUAUCGUGCACUCUCUUUCUCCGCAAACGAGCAUCGAUUGCUUCCAAUAAUAGCCCCGUGAGCGAUGAGAAAAUCUUUUACAUUCAUCAUCCGUCAGAAGCAUCCC